GCCAGAUUGACAUGACACCCAGAACAAUAACAAUACAAUUAUAACAUCCAAUCACUCGACAAUCAUGCGAAUUUCCCUCUUUCCGGAACGGACUUAAUUUUUGUGAGCGGACUCCGAGGAGAAAUCUACCGUAUAUAAGGAACUGCCGAUGAGCAAGGAUAGUCAGAUUUCGCUGCUAUGUCGUCCCCCAAGAUCUUCAUCACUGGUGCUACAGGAUACCUCGGAGGUUCCUUCCUCUCCAAGUUCCUCACUAUCGUUGAUCCUGCUACGAUAACCGCCCUAGCACGGUCAGAGGACAAAGCUGAGAAGCUCAGGACGCUUGGAGUCCACACUGUCAUUGGAAGCUACAAGGAUGUCGACGUGCUCACCGAUGCUGCAUCGAAAGCAGAUGUCGUGCUUACAUUUGUCGAUGCAGAUGAUCACGUAGCCGCAAAGGCUAUCCUCGAUGGAAUGAAGAAGAAACACGAAUUCGACGGAUCCGUGCCUGCUCUGAUUCACACCUCUGGAACUGGUGUCAUUCAAGACAAUGCGCUGGGUUUGCACAGCAACUACCCUGUAUUCUCUGACCUCGACCUCGACCGUCUCGCGAGCAUCCCCGAGGAGGCUAUCCACAGAAAGACGGAUCUCUUGAUAUUGGAGGCAGAUAAGCAAGGGUACAUACGUUCCUACCUUGUUCUGCCACCUACCGUGUACGGCCUCGCUACUGGUGUCGUGGCAGACCUGGGCGUCCAGAACAUUCAUUCCGUACAGUUCCCUGCGAUCGUCAAGACCAGCCUGUAUCGGAAGCAGGGUGGUAUGAUUGGCGAAGGUGUGAAUGUUUGGCAUAACGUUUCUCUGUCCGAUACCGUCAACUUUUACGUUCUUUUAUUCGAAACUGUCGUGAAAAAACCUGAUACCGCACAUGGUGCGGAGGGAUACUACUUCCUCGAGAAUGACGAGCAUACCAUGCGGGAAGUCGCUACAGAGAUCUCCAAGGCGUUGGUGGACCUUGAAAUUGGCACCAACCCUGAGCCGAGCUCGUACACUGAGGAAGAGAAAAAGGCGUUCUUCGGGCCGCUCUGGCCAUUCCUUGGAACUAAUGCCCGGGUUAGGGCUGAUCGUUCUCGGGCUCUUGGAUGGAAACCGGUCGAUGGGAAGGACAAGAUGGUCGCUAGCCUUAAGGCUGAGAUUGUAUCGUUCUUGCCUCCUGCAUAG